UUUCUCUGCCAGACCGCCGCCAUGUCCGCGAUCGACGCGCCCUCGCUCUCCAAGCUCGAGCGCAGCCCCUCCAUGGAGAAGGCUGCGGCGUCCGAAGUGCAGAGCUCGCAGCCGCUCGAGUUCACCAGGGCGGAGGAGAAGAAGCUGACGAGGAAGUACGACUUCUACCUACUUCCGCCAUUGACCAUUAUGUACUUGUGCAAUGCACUGGACAAGGGCAACGUCGGCAAUGCGAAGACGGACGGCUGGGACAAGGACCUCGGUCUGCACGGGAACCAGUACUACCUCCUCGUCAUGAUUUUCUACGUCCCCUUCUGCAUAUUCGGCACACCAAUCAGUCUCCUGGUCAAGCGCUACAGCGCGGCAAGGGUGCUCCCGUGUCUGAUGGUCGGAUUUGGCAGCAUGUCCAUCUUCGCGGCUAUAGCCAAGAACUUCAGCCAGAUCUUCGCCAUCCGUUUCUUCCUGGGAAUCUUCGAGUCCCCAAUGCUUCCUGGUGUGAUCUACUACCUCUCGACGUUCUACAAGCGCGAUGAGCUUGCGUCGCGCGUGGGGUUGUUCUACGCCGCCGCUUCCAUCUCCGGAGCCUUCUCCGGCCUCAUCGCCUACGGGACCUUCCAGAUCCCGCCGACGAAGUUCCACAACUGGCAGUACCUCUUCUGGAUUGAGGGUGGUGCAACGAUCGUCUUCGCCAUCCUCGCGUUCAUCCUCCUCCCGCUCUCGCCCGCCAAGUUCUUUUUGCUCACGGACCGCGAGAAGGAAAUCGCGCGGGCGAGGAUCAUGGCGGACUCGUCGGCGGUGGUGGGGGAGAAGCUGAAUAUUCGGGAUGCGUUCAGGCCGUUUAAGGAUCCGAUGUAUUGGGUCUGGGCCCUCAUCUGCCUGUCCUUCGGCGUGCCUCUGGCCUCCGUCAACAACUUCCUCCCGCAGAUCGUGGCGAGCUUGGGGUACAGCCCGGUGAAGACGAACCUAUACACCGUGGCGCCGAAUAUCGUGGGCACGGUCGCGCUUAUCAUCCUGACGCAGUCGUCGGACUACUUCCGGGAGCGGUCGAUCCAUAUCUGCAUCCCGCUCGUCGUCGCCAUUGUCGGCUUUAUCGUCCUCGGCGCCAUCGAUCCGCUCGCGCACAAGAGCACCGCGUACUUUGCGUGCUUCCUGCUGACGAUGGGCGCGUUCAGCCCGAGUGUGCUGGUCGCGGCUUGGUAUUCGAAUAAUACGCCGAGCGAGUCGCGGCGUGCGGUGGUGGCGGCUGUCAUGGUCGCCAUCGCCAACUCCAGCGGCCUCAUCUCCACGAACGUCUUCCGCGAGAAGGACGAGCCGAAGUACGUGCUCGCGCUCGCGGUGUCGGCUGCGUUUGGCGGGCUGUGCGUUAUUCUCGUCGCUGGCGUGGGCAUCUGGAUGCGCUGGGAGAACGCAAGGAGGAACCGGGAGCAGGGCGUCAACAUCACGUCGAAGGACGUCGACACGAGCGAGGUGCACGGGCCUUCGCAUCCGAGCUGGCGCUAUGUCGUCUAGGCUGGUGCGAUGCCCGCUGAUCCCUCUCUGAACCUACAGUCUCUUUGCACGACUAGCCUUCUCGCAUGCGCUAUACUUAUUGGAAGGCUGGGUACGCCUUGUAUGUUUUACGGCAAUUUACGGGUCAUGGGUAUGGCAUUACUGUAACGAUAGGUAUAAUCUGAAUACCACUAUACCGCUAAGGAUGCCUUCGAUGAUC